AUGACUUACCAUAGUGAUCACUUCUUUGAUAUAUGGUCUAGUCUAGUGGAGGUGUUGAACACCAGUGAACUUGGGAUAGUGGCAAGCAUCUCAAAGGAAAUAUGGAAUAGGAGGAACGAGAUUGUUCAUGGCAAGGAACUUAGGCAUCCCACCAAGAUAUACAACCAGGCACUAGAAGAGUUUACUUUAUACACAGACAGCUUGCAAGCCUCAGGAAAGGGAAGAGACAACCCUCGAGUAGAGUCACACAAGUGGAAAAAGCCAGUUGAGAACCACUACAAGGUCAAUUGGGAUGCGGCAGUAAGAUCAGUCGAAGGCAGAAUUGGCAUAGGUGUCAUAGUCAGAGAUCACACCGGCUAG